GGGCAUUCAACAAUCCUCAUCAUCGACAAUAACAACACGGUUGACACUUGACAGUGGUUGGCUCGCACAGUCUCAAUUAUUGGACCUCCAUCGCAUCACAUCGCAUCACAUCGCAUCUCAAAGCCAUGAUGUCUUCUUCAGUCAAAGCGUGCGCUGUGGGUUUUGCCCUCGUGGGAGCAGUGCAAGGUUUUGCGGUACCCUCUCCUAGCACUGGUAGUACCCUCAUUAAGCCUCUGCAUCAACAACCACAAACAUCAUCCGUAUUAUCACUGUCAUCAUCAUCAAACAACAGUAAUAAUGAAGAUCCAGAGGUACUACUACCAAAAUCCUUGCAGUCCUUCUUGGCAUCCAUGGCAAUGAUUUCGGUUCUCACAUUGGCGCCUCUCAACUUAUUGGGCGACCACAACAACGCUGCCUUUGCCUAUAAUGAUUACGCCAGUGACACGGUCCAAUCGGCCAUGCAAACACUAAAAGAUGCCGGAGGAGAUGCCGAUCGAACGUUUGAUGCCUACGAGAAUAUUGCCGAAAUCAUCGCCGAAGGCAAGGGCAUUGGAGGAUCCGUCGACUACAAGGGAGUCACUCUCGAUCGAGGAUAUAUUGCUGAUGAAGACACGAGCAUUUACAAUCCUGGAUUGACACUCUUGACCGAAGGAGAAAAGGGACGCCUCGUCGAAUCACUCAUGCAGUCUCGUCAAGCUGGAAUUGACAAGAAUCAAUGGAGCGAAAAGAACCAAGACGCAUACGCUUAUCUAAAAUUUCAACUCGAUCCACUUCACAUGACUGAAUUGAGAGGAUACCUCAAAGUGGCUCCCUUUCUGGUGGGAUUCCUCUACGUGGGUGUGCUGGCCGUCCAACAAUUCGCAAGAGAUCUAUUCCCCGUCGCAUAUAUUGCCGCCGUUCUAGUCCUUGUAGCACCCGCGGCCAUUCUCAUCUUGACAUCCUCAUGAGAGAUUGAUUGAUUCAAUCAUUCCCUGACUUGUUAUUUUAUUGGCUACCGUAUAUUUUAUCAAUAAAAUGAAGAUCACAGCUACGGAAGAAAAGAGGGCAGUUUCGUAGCUACGGUAUGUUGUCGUCAUUAGUUGUAUAGUGUCACACUAUUUCGAGCGGCGUUUCUUGCUAGGUGGAUUCUCGUCUUCCUGGUCUUCCUCCGUUUCGUCGCCAUCAUCACUCUCGGUGGCGUCCACUUCAGCUACCACCUCGACUACAUCAUCGUCGUCGUCAUCAUCAGCUUCUUCAUCGGCAUCCCCAGAUUCCCCGUUGGCCCCUGGUUUGUUGUUUUUGUUGCUUGUAGUUUCCUCCUCUUCUUCGUCGUCCUCUUCCUCGUCGUCCUCUGCAUCUGCAAUUUCCAUGACAUCUUCAUCCUCUUCUUCUUCUUCCCCGCCCGAAAAAUAGGGCAAAUCUUCGUCGGAAUCCUCAUCUUCAUCAUCCUCCUCGUCGUCAUUGUCAUCCUGGUCGUUUCCUUUCUUCUUUUGGAGGAAAUGUUGUUUGGUUUGUUGUCGUGCUUCCCGCGCAGCCUUGCGUUUGCUACGACCACGACGAGUCCCUUCGUUAUCACUGUCGUCGGCAUCGACCACUGCCACGGCAUCUUCAGCAGAUUCCUCGUCGGUGGACGCUGGUUGUUGUUGCUGUUCAGAGUCUUGCUUCAUGGCUGGAAUUAACACUUUGUGUAUGUAGUCGUUCAAGACUGUCAAUUCUUCGCGAGCAAUGUUGGUGAAUUCCAGCGUGGUUUCUCGUGGUUCUUCGUCAUCUUCUUCAUCAUCAUUGCCAUUAUUGUUGUCCUCGGCUGUCACAAUUUUCAUAUCGACAUAUCGCGAAGAUGCCCCAGUGCCUCGCCCGC